AUGCACAUUUUUUGUGUUGCCAUAGUGCCUCAGUCUUCAAUUCUCUUUGCCCUACCCAUAUCCGACACCGCAACCACCUUCCUUUCAGUGUUCAGCAUAAACCAACCAACAAGCAUCCUCUUCCUUCUCCUUCUCCUCCUCCUCUUCCUAGGCAACCCUGAUUCCACCUUCUCUGAGGAGAAGGUUAAUUUAAUCAAUGCGAUUUGA